UGGGCUUCUGGCUAGUGGCUAUUCUAAUAUUUAAUAUUAUGGGACCCUUCAAUUAAUAUAUGACACAAAAAGAGGGAAACCAUAGGAACCAGUUAGGAAAAUCAUUUCACUGAAAUAGUUUAAUCGUAUACUAUAUAAAAAAUCUUCAUCCACUUGACUUCAACUACUAAAGUUAUAUACGAGAUCAGUAGCUCAUCAGAUUAGACAGAUUGCCAAGUAAUGGAAGCCGCCGAGGAGGAGAUCAUAGACAUCGCUAUAGUGGGCGCUGGUAUUUGCGGCCUUGCCACGGCACUUGCACUUCACAGGAAGGGUAUACAGAGUGUGGUUUUGGAAAGAUCAGAGACCUUGCGAGAUUCGGGAGCUGCGAUUGGCAUUUUAACAAACGGCUGGUGUGCGCUUGAUCAACUCGGCGUAGGCCACAAGCUCAGGUCAACAGCCCUUCCUCUUCAAGGAAUCCGAGACAUUUGGCUAGAUAGCAACAAGCAAAGAGAAGCACCAGUCUCGAAAGGAGAAGCAAGAUGUGUGAAAAGGAGUGAAUUAAUGAACACGCUUGGUGACGGGCUGCCCCAAGGCACCAUACGCUUUGGAUGUCGAAUUCGUUGUGUGAAAGAAGACCCUUGCACUAAUUUUCCCACUCUGGAAUUUCUUGAUGGUUCUACUAUAAAGGCCAAGAUUUUGAUUGGAUGUGAUGGAGCUAGCUCAGUAGUAGCAGAAUAUCUAAAGCUAAAGGAAAAGAAGGUAUUUGGAGCAUGGGCAGUGCGAGGUCUUACCUAUUAUCCAAAUUCAGAACAUGGCUUCCCUCCUCAGUUUUCUAGAUAUCAUGGCAACAACGUUGUUUGUGGAAGAUCUCCUAUCAAUCAUAAUUUGGUUUUUUGGUUCCUACUUAUACCAGGAUACAACGUCCCUCAAGAUUCAGAGAUUUUGAAAAAUCCAGAUUUGAUCAAGCGCAUGACAGUGCAAAAAAUCACCAAUGGUAGCACUACUUUCCCCAACGAAAUAGUAGGAAUGAUAAGAGAUUGUGACAUGGCUUCACUAUCCCUCACACACUUAAGAUAUAGGCCAGCUUGGGAAGUACUGCUAGAAAAGUUCAGGAAAGGGACAAUAACGGUGGCUGGUGACGCCAUGCACGUGAUGGGUCCAUUUCUUGGGCAAGGUGGCUCAGCCGCAUUGGAAGACGCUGUGGUUCUGGCCCGAUGCUUGGCUCAGAAGAUUAAUGAUCAUGAUCAUGAUACUAAGAAAAUAGAAGAAGCAAUGGAUUUGUAUGUGAAGGAGAGGAGAAUGAGGUUGGUGAGAUUGUCAGCUCAAUCUUAUCUAACUGGUCUGUUGCUUAGCUCUUCUGCUUCCUCAUUGCUUAGGAAGCUCUCUCUUGUUCUCAUCAUGCUAGUCAUCUUCCACGACCCUCUUUCUCACACUCUCUACGACUGUGGCCCUCUUUAAUAACUCCACUGCAAAUUUACAUUAUGCUUUUCCUUUUAGAGUAAUUUCUAACUGUUUUAUUACUCGGUGUUUGAAUUAUACGUGACAGUUUUGAAUGUCCCUAAUUUGUAUUUUAUAAUAAUGAACUAUAAUAUACGGUUAUCCAUUCU